AAUUUUUUAAAAAAUGAGCUGGAUGUGGUGGUACACACCUGUAGUCCUAGCUACUUGGGAGGCUGAGGAGCUACAAUUAAAAACAGGACAGGAAGAAGGUCUAAAACCGAAAGCUGAGGACCUUGAUGCAUGUCACUUGAAAAGGAGAAAAGGUUCGUUUGGAAGUAUAGACCAUCUCCAGAAAUUGGAUGAGCAAGAGAAAUUGUUAGAUGAAGAAGUAGAGAAAGUUCUGAACCAAUGCCAAGAAUUAGAGGAGCUGGAAGAAGACUUAAAGAAACGGGAGGCCAUAGUUUCUAAGAAGGAGGCUCUGUUACAGGAGAAGAGUCACCUGGAAAAUAAGAAAUUGAGAUCUAGUCAGGCCUUAAACACAGAUAGUUUGAAAAUAUCAACUCGCCUGAACUUAUUGGAACAAGAGUUGUCUGAAAAGAAUGUGCAGCUCCAGACCCGUACAGCUGAGGAGAAAACAAAGAUUUCAGAACAAGUUGAAGUCCUCCAGAAAGAAAAGGAUCAGCUCCAGAAACGAAAACACAGUGUGGAUGAAAAACUUUAAAAUGGUAGAGUGUUAUCACCUGAAGAAGAAUGUGUUCCUUUCCAACUUGAAGAAGGGAUUGAAGCUUUGGAAGCUGCAAUUGAAUACAAGAAUGAAAGUAUCCAGAAUCACCAGAAGUCACUUAGAGCAUCAUUCCAUAACCUCUCUCGUAGUGAAGCAAAUGUCUUGGAAAAACUAGCUUGCCUGAGUCCUGUUGAGAUUAGAGCUAUUCUUUUCAGAUAUUGCAAUAAGCUGGUGAAUUUGCGAGAAGCUGAACGGAAACAACAGUUAUGUAAUGAAGAAAUGAAAAUGAAAGUUCUGGAACGGGAUAAUAUGGUUCAUGAAUUAGAAUCUGCACUGGACCAUCUAAAAUUGCAGUGUGACCGGAGACUGACCCUCCAGCAAAAGGAACACGAACAAAAGAUGCAGUUGCUGUUACAUCAUUUCAAAGAACAAGAUGGAGAAGGCAUUAUGAAAACUUUCAAAACAUAUGAAGAUAAAAUCCAGCAGUUGGAAAAAGAUCUUUAUUUCUGUAAGAAAACCAGCCGGGAUCAUAAGAAGAAACUUAAGGAACUUGUAGGGGAAGCAAUUCGGCAGCAACUAGCACCAUCAGAAUAUCAUGACGCUAGAGAUGGAGUCCUGAAGCCAGAAGAAGGAGGCAUGCUUUCAGAAGAAUUAAAAUGGGCAUCCAGACCUGAAAGUAUGAAAUUAAGUGGAAGAGAAAGAGAAAUGGACAGUUCAGCAAGCAGCUUAAGAACACAGCCAAAUCCUCAAAAGCUCUGGGAAGAUAUCCCAGAAUUACCUCCAAUUCAUAGUUCUGUAGCACCCCCCAGUGGGCAUAUGUUAGGUAAUGAGAAUAAAACAGAAAUAGAUGAUAAUCAGUUUACAAAAUCUCACAGUCAACUAUCAUCUCAAAUUCAGGUUGUGGGAAAUGUGGGACAACUUCAUGGUGUUACACCUGUAAAACUGUGUCGAAAAGAAUUAUGUCAAAUUUCCGCCUUGGAACUAUCAUUGCGACGUUCCAGUCUUGGAGUUGGCAUUGGAUCAAUGGCUGCUGAUUCCAUCGAAGUAUCUAGGAAACCAAGGUACUUAAAAACUUAGAUAUUUAAUAAUAGAACUUUUAGUAGAUAUGUAAAAAGAUUCCUUUUUCUAACCUGUUAAAAACUAAAGCU